UGCUGUAUACGUGAGGAGAUCUUUUCAUGUAAACUAUUCUAUAGAUCAUUUUUUAAAUAUAAUUAAUUAAUGUAAAGCCUAAGAGUAAGAACAAUUCAAGUUGACUUCACAAUCUUAAUAUAGCUGAAAUGAGGCAAGAAACAGCUCCGUAACAAAUUCGAUUAAACAUCAAUAGGUUGCCAUUAAUACUGAAGGAAAGUUCGAACCUGUUCACUCGGUGAUCCAAUAAUGCCGGCGAAACUGCUUCACUUGUAAACUCCCGCCUAAUGUAUUCCUAAACCGGUGUCUUAGUUCUGUAAUCACCAAUAAAGUAAUUACGUAAACUUUGUGCGGACGCGAAAAUCGGGAAGUGUUCCAAAACUUAAUCCAUUCAAACAAGGGAAUAAUCGUUCUCAUUAAAAUGUAAAUGCGUCGGAUUGUGACGAGAGCUUCAAUGGAGUCACCCGAGUUUUCCUUCGAUACGCUUUUCCGCUUUUCAAAUAAUAUUAUGCAGGAGUCGGUAUUAUUCUCCAAACUAACGGCUAACUUCUUGCCCACAUACUUUAUGUUUGCUGCGGAACAGCGGAGUGCUUGGAGUUGUUUCUCCUUCCUUACUAUGAAAACUUUUGGUAAUUCAGCAAUCAACGUACUAAUAAUAAGUUUGAGCGCUGGCCAAUUAUUCCAUAAAUAUUCUCAACCAAAGAAAAGCAAUAUACCUCACGAUAUUUUUACUAAUACAUUUUAUUUCAUUAUAGUCUGAGCCAAAUGGAAAAGCAGCGUCGACUCCAGGCAGUGAGACUCCUGAGAGAGCGAAUUGGGGACGACCUUUGGAGUUUAUCCUCGCCUGUCUUGGAUACGCCGUAGGUUUGGGCAACGUUUGGAGAUUCCCUUACCUGUGUUAUAGAAAUGGAGGCGGUGCUUUCCUUAUUCCAUUCUUCCUCAUGUUACUCUUCAUUGGAUUGCCUAUAUUUUACUUGGAGCUGUACAUUGGCCAGUACACAGGAAUAGGACCCUUGCAAGCCUUCACUGCCAUUUCUCCAUUCUUUAGCGGCUUAGGUUAUUGUACCCUCGUUGUGAUCUCCAUUAUUUCGAUAUACUACAUGAUCAUCGUCGCCUGGACCUUGUUUUACACGAUUGUGUCCAUCGCUGGCAACCUUAAUUGGGGUUAUUGUGAUAACGAUUACAAUACUGACGCCUGCUACAGUGGGAAAUACGACAACCAUUGUAGAGAAAAUAACACAGGAGCCGCCUCGGACCUUACCUACUAUCUCCGGAAAUGUAUCAGCAUUGGAGAUAUCUGUGAACUAACCGGCUUCCAACCUUAUGAUGGCACGCAGUGUUUGAACGGGACGGAACCAAUCCCAUGGUACACAAAUGCAAAUAGGAUCUUGGCGUCAGAGGAAUAUUACAAUGAACGUGUAUUGGGCAGGGGUGAUUCCACGUGGGAGAACUGGGGCUCAAUACAAUGGCAUUUAGUAGGAUGUCUCGCAUUAUCAUGGCUUAUUGCAUUCUUCUGUGUUAUCAAGGGGGUCCAAUCAGCUGGCAAAGUGGUGUACUUCACUGCUUUGUUCCCCUACGUGAUGUUAACAGCUUUAAUGAUCCGAGGAGUGACUCUGGAAGGAGCUGCUGAUGGAGUCCUGUUCUACUUGUCGCCGGAUUGGAACACCCUGCUCGAUGCUCGAGUUUGGGGUGAUGCUGCUUCACAGAUCUUCUACUCCUUCGGUGUGGCGUGUGGGUCUCUUGUCACCUUGGCUUCGUAUAACAAAUUCAACAACAACUGUCAUUUUGAUGCAGUCUUCGUCAGUUUUGCGAACUUCUUCACAUCUGUUUACGCUGGUUUCGCCAUCUUCUCCGUGUUAGGUUUCCAAGCUCAACUCAUGGGUGUUAGAAUAAGCGAUGUGGCGACAGAAGGACCUGGCUUAGCAUUUGUCGUUUACCCCGAAGCGUUACUUCAGAUGCCCGUCCCUCAGUUGUGGUCAAUCUUAUUCUUCUUGAUGUUGUUCAUCCUUGGUUUGGGAAGUCAAUUCGCUGGCAUUGAAGCGAUCAAUACCGCUAUUGUUGAUAGAUGGCCACAUUUAAGGAAGAAUUAUUGGAGGGUUACUGCAUUCACAUGUACAGCAUGCUUCUUAUUGGGAAUACCGAUGUGUUUCAGCGGUGGAGUGUACUUGUUCCAACUUCUAGAGUGGAACACUGCCUCUUGGGCUAUUCUGUUGAUUGGUAUGGCUGAGUGUGUUGCUGUAUCUUGGAGUUACGGUAUCAACAGAGCUAUGAACGAUCUCAAAUCUAUGGGCAUGCCACUCAAUAAAGUACUCCGUUUCUACUGGAAAGCUGUCUGGACAGUCAUCGUCCCUAUAGUCAGUGUUGGUAUCCUGAUCUUCAUUCUCUACGAUUGGACGACUCCUUCAUAUGAAGGUUACGUAUUUCCAUUGUUCGCUGAUUUGCUGGGCUGGGCUGUUGGUCUAUCAACACUCGUCCUAUUCCCAGUUGGCGUUGGAUGGGCCUUGUAUCAUGGAUAUAGGCAAAGAAUUGUUCACACCAACUGAGGCCUGGCAACCAGCAAACAAGGCUCUCAUCGCUCCUCGCUCAGACUCAAUCGUAACAACAGAUUCCGUACAUCAAGGACCAUAUGACAAUAUGGGAUACAUAAUGUGAACAUAUCUUAAUAUAAAUAAUACUAACACGAGUAUCUAGUCAAAUGAAUUUGGUUAUACUGAACCAAACUCAAUAUACUAGCAUUAAGUUCAAAAUACAUCGUGGAAGCGACUUAAAAAGAAAACAAUAGUCGCAUUUCAGGGCUCAAAUCUGCAUCGCCAGUUUUGUAACUGUUGAUUUGUUUUUGCAAAUUGAGCCCUAUAAUUUAUGGCAAAUGUUUAAAAUCGAACAGCAAUGAUAUGCUAUCUAUUUUGUUGCCUGUAUAAACUUUGUAAGUCGGAAGACAGAACAUUUCAGAGUGAUUGAGAGUAAUCUCCGACAUUGAUGGUGCUAAAAAUUAAAUACCUAUAAUGUUAGCAACUCAUGAUAGCUCUGGUAGUUCUUCUUCAGGUCAACUUAGCCAUCAGAUCGGUAAUACUGCUGGCAUCAACAGCAGAAAAAAUGUCUAACAAAAUGACGUGUAAUAUAACAAUCAUUAA